AUGUCCAACUUGGAGAGCGGCAUGGUCACCAUUAUACGAGCGUUUAAGAAAUAUUCGGGUGAAAAGGGUCACUUGAAAAAAGCCGAGCUCAAGGCGCUCAUCCACAACGAGAUGAGUCAUUUCAUAAAGAAAAUGCACAAGAAGGAACUAGAUGAGCUCUUUGCCAACCUGGAUCAGAACAGCGACCUGGAGAUUGACUUCAAGGAGUUUGUUGCCUUUAUCGCCAUGGUCACUUCAGCAUGCCAAGAACUCUUCACCCCAUUUCAUGAGACCAGCUGGAACAGGAUGCCCACCCACAUGAUCCAGUACAACCUUGUUAAAAAUAGCCAACCUCAUAAAUACAGUAUUUGCAAACUAUAG